GGACAGGAAAAAUCAAGAAAACGUGGAGUAAAGUGGUAAAAGCAAUAAAAUGUGAAAUGCAACUCUUGGGUUAUAAAUUAAGUGUACACAUAUACUCAGUCGACAUUUUAUCUCAGUUUGUAUACCUUUCGACACAUCAAUGUCGGGACUCAGUAGAUUGGAAGGCAAGAUCGUAAUUAUAACAGGCGGAGCCAGCGGGAUUGGAGCCGACGCCGCUAGGCUGUUCACGGACCACGGAGCUAAGGUGGUUAUAGUUGACGUACAAGAAGAACUAGGCCAAAACGUCGCAGUUUUGAUCGGGAAAGACAAAGCUAGUUUUUACCGUUGCGAUGUGACAAAUGAGACGGAAGUCGAGGACGCAGUUAAGUUCACCGUCGAAAAACACGGAAAGCUAGACGUUCUGUUUAGCAACGCCGGAGUCUUGGAACCACUGGAAAGCUUCCUCGACUUUGACCUCGAACGGUUUGACCGCAUAAUGGCUGUUAACGUUCGCGGUGCAGCUGCGUUUAUCAAACACGCGGCACGAGCCAUGGUGGAGAAAGGCACGCGUGGCUCCAUCGUUUGUACGACGAGCGUCUCGGCGGAGAUCGGUGGGGGGCAUCAUGGUUACACGGCGUCUAAACACGGGCUUGUCGGCCUGAUUAGAUCGGCCUGUGGUGAUUUGGGGAAGUAUGGGAUUAGAGUCAAUGGAGUCGCACCGUACGCGGUGGCAACGCCAAUGACUAGCCACGACGAGGUAACGGGAAAGCAGUUGGAGGAUUAUUUUGACGCCAAGGGAAUUCUCAAGGGGAUGGUGCUUAAAGCUAGCCACGUUGCACAAGUGGCUCUGUUCUUGGCUUCUGAUGAUUCGGCUUAUAUAAGUGGUCAGAAUUUGGCGGUGGAUGGUGGUUAUACUGUCGUUAAGCCAAGCCGUGAUUAAAACUACAAUCAAAAUCGGGACUUUUUACAUUUUGAAGAAUAAAUGUGGUAUUAACUAUUAAGAAACAUAUAAGCAACAGUAUGUAUGUAAACUGUAAUACAUUAAUUUUGAAUAAAGCAA